AUGUUUGCUUAUCAUCUUGCUCCGAUCAAUGGCGGGGAGGAUCGCUUACACCUUCGGCCUCGCAACGGCCUUCCUAUUGUUGAGGAACUUCCGAAAAAUGAUCGCAAGGGUUUGUCUUUCUUGAAGAGGUGGCAGGAGAGAUACGCGUUCAUGACUCUUCCCGGUUCCCGCUAUCAAUGGAACCUCGUAGGUGGGACUCACCCGGCCCGUGCGGGCGGAGAAGCCAAUGUUCUCUGGACCGGCAUCCUUCCCCUUGUGCAGCGUCAGGUGGCCCCUUGUGCAGCGUCAGGGUGGACUCACCCGACGGCCUUUAACAUGGCGAAUGAGGCCAUUUCGGCGAGGAAGGUUGCCGUUGCCUCAGCCGCUUCGGGGGAUGACGUUAUAAUAACUGGGAGUAGCCGCAAGAUGGUGAUCAAAAGCGAGGCUCUUUCUUCUUCUCAGGGGAGAAGGUUGAGGGGUAGGAUGACCGCUCGGUUGUCUCCGCGAGCUUUUCAUACUGAACACGCGGCUGGGGGUUUGUCUGAGGAAGCAAAGGGGUUGUCCCGAGUCUCCCAACAAUUAUCUGAGGAGAAAAGCAUGAGGGUUGCUCAAGGAAUGGACCUGUGUGAUCUUCAGGCCAAGAUCAAGACGAUUGAAGGAGUGGUGGAAACCUCUUCGUCAGAAGCUUUGGCGCAAAGCCGUAGGAAUCAAGAAUUGGAAGAGGUUUUGGAGAACUUAAGAGCCGAGGUGAAGACCUCCGAGGACGUGAAAGUGAUGGCUGUAAACGGGGGAAAGAUCACCUCUCGAUAG